UUACUAACCGUGGGCUGUUUCCUUUGCGCCUUUUUUAAUUUAUUCGCAGUACGGUUUAAUCUAUUGUUUAUUUAUUUUUUUCUUUUCAGUAAAAUCAAGAAAUGGAUUGUUUGAAUGUAACACAAAUUUUGCAAAAUUCUCCAAGAAAAAUACGAGGACAGAUCCAGGUCAUUUUUGGACCUAUGUUUUCGGGGAAGAGCACGGAGCUGAUGCGCCGCGUACGCCGUUUUCAGAUUGCACAGUACCGCUGUCUUGUGAUCAAGUACGCCAAGGACACUCGUUAUUCCGACAAAGGGAUGGCCACUCACGACAAAAAUACGAUGGAGGCUGUUCCUGCUAAUCGAUUAAAGGACGUGCAGUCAUUGGCAGUACAGGCGUCUGUCAUUGGCAUUGAUGAAGGGCAGUUUUUCCCAGACACUGUGGAAUUCUGUGAGGAGAUGGCUAACAUGGGAAAGACCAUCAUCGUGGCCGCGCUGGACGGCACCUUUCAGAGGAAGCCGUUCGGGGACAUCCUGAGCCUGGUUCCGCUGGCGGAGAGCGUGGUGAAGCUGAACGCCGUCUGCAUGCAGUGCUUCAAGGAGGCAGCGUACACCAAGAGGCUGGGGGAGGAGAGGGAGGUGGAAGUCAUAGGUGGCGCUGACAAGUACAAUGCAGUGUGCAGGGCCUGCUACGGAGGCCUGCUUGCCGAGAAGGAGAACAGCGCCCCCCGGAGGGAGGACACUCCACACAGCCUGCCCACAAAGCAGCCUGACUUUGGUGCUUCUCGCAGGUUUCUGGGGACACUUCAGCUCUGAGGAGAUGCUCGACCGAGCAUGCUCAGAGAGUCACUACAGUAUGCUGACUGAUCAAGUCAAUGAAGGAGAUCAAAGACCUAAAACCUGAACUUGUGCAGAGAGUAUUAGCAUGAACUGAGACUUUUAAUAAUACAAAUGUAUUUCAUGUACCUUUUAAAACGGGUAUCUUUUUUUACUAGCCGGAAUUGAUAGGUGAAAAUCUGAAAGUUAAGAUGUGGUUCUGUUCAUGGUUUUUGUUACCUGUUAACUCCACAGUGUGAUUUGGAAAAAUUCUAUGUUUUCUGUCACUUAAUGUCUCUAAGCCGCGUUUGGCAUUAUUUAUAUAUCCGGAGACAGAAGUAAACACUUCGUGUCCAGUAAUAAGUAAAAAUCCAGACUAAGAUUUUGUUUCAGCUAACCAGUUGAGCAUAAAGAGUCACGGUCAGCUGGUUGGUUGAACUGUGAGGGAUAAGAAUCUACACGGACAAAGAUUUUACUUUUCUACUUGCUUGGGUGUCUGUAGAAUCCUGUUUUUUAAUUAUUAAAAGCUUUUAAUUGAA